AUGAAUCCUUCCGGCUACUUCCCGCUGCCCCUCGAUGAGGAAAGCAGCUUCUGCCGGACCCGAUCCGGGACUUCAACCCCUCCCCCAGUAGGGGAGAAGAAAGAGUGCAGCCCUCGGAGAAUGCCACUGCUGCUGCGAGGCGCCCGCAGCACCCGCGGUCGUAGUUCACUCCAGAUUUUCCCUGCCUCGCGACCGCCGUCUUGCUAUUAUUUUAUAGAAUGGUUAAAGAUUGAUAAGGAACUUAAGACUGCUUCUCACAAAAAGUGUCGGUCUCUCAAAAUCCUUGACAGCACCUGUUCUGACGAGGUACAGUUGUGGAGUGUGACUGCUAGAAUUUUCGCCUCAUUUCUAGCCCCAGGAGCUGCUGCUGCCCAAGCCUUGAAGCAGAUUGAACAUCUUGCUUGCUGGACUGUUAAACAGAGCAAUCAUACUUCAGAGAUCCUUGAAGAAAUGUUAGAAGAUAUGAACAGCCUUCGCCAUGCUGUAUUCCAGAAUCGAGCCGCUAUAGACUUUCUUUUACUUGCUCAAGGGCAUGGCUGUAAGGAAUUCGAUGGAAUGUGUUGUUUUAAUCUUUCUGAUCAUAGCGAAUCGAUUCAAAAACAAAUUCAUUGGUUGCUUAAUCACACUCGAUCCAUUACUAAGGAUCAUGAUCCUAUUGAUGAUUGGUUGCUUUCUGUGUUUCCAGGUCUUACUCCUUGGAUAUAUGAUAUUAUUAUGGAAGGUUUCAAAUGGAUCUUAAUCAUUAUUCUACUUGUGAUAGUUGCUAGGAUAUUGUAUAGUUGUCUGCUGCGUGCUACCGCGCCAAAAGCUGCACUUGUUGUGACUGACAACAAGGAUUCGGACAUCAUUCGUGAUUGGCUACAAGAUCAAGGGGGGCACAAUCCUACGGAUUGUUUUGCCUUACAGCCCUAAAAGAAAAAGGGGGGAAUUGUUGGAGGGCAGGUUGCUCGGCAGCACGUAGCUACUGAUUUACUAAUGAUUUACGAUGUAAUCUUAGA